AUGCAGCAUGACACAACAACGAAGAUGGCGUGUUGUAGGAACUGUUUCUGCUGCGGGCGUUGUAGUGAAGAAGAGACGCGUACGCCUGAGGAAUUGACAAUUCUUGGUGAAAUCCGGGAUGAAGAAGAUGAGAUUCUGCCAAGGAAGGACUAUGAGAGCCUGGAUUAUGACCGAUGUGUUAGCGAGCCCUAUGCGGAGGUUUUGGAAGGGAUGGACAACAAGAAAGCUAAAAAGUAUGAAGCGCUGCGAUGGGUGAUGGUGUUUGCAAUUGGAGCAUCAGUUGGGCUGCUGGGUCUGUUUGUGGAUUACUUUGUACGCUUCUUCACCAAACUCAAGUUUUCCUUGGUUGGUUAUUCUGUAGAGGAGUGCAGUGAAAAAGGCUGCCUUCCUCUGUCUCUGUUGGAGCUCCUGGCUUUCAACAUGACCUUCAUCUUAAUUGCAAGUGUGCUAGUUCUUAUUGAGCCCUUAGCUGCAGGUUCGGGCAUUCCGGAAAUCAAAAGUUACUUGAAUGGAGUGAAGAUUCCUGGUAUCGUCCGACUACAAACUUUUCUCUGCAAAGCUGUUGGAGUUGUGUUUAGUGUAGCAGGAGGUCUUUUUGUGGGCAAAGAAGGUCCAAUGAUACACAGUGGAGCUAUUGUGGGAGCUGGUCUUCCUCAGUUUCAGAGUAUCACAUUUAAGAGAAUCAAAUUCAAUUUUCCCUUCUUCCGGAGUGACAGGGACAAGCGAGACUUUGUGUCUGCUGGUGCUGCUGCCGGAGUAGCUGCUGCCUUUGGCGCUCCCAUCGGAGGGACGCUCUUUAGCCUGGAGGAGGGCUCCUCUUUCUGGAACCAAGCCCUCACUUGGAAAGUGCUCUUUUGCUCAAUGUCUGCUACAUUCACCCUCAACUUUUUCCGUUCUGGGAUAAACUUUAAUAAGUGGGGCUCCUUCCAGCUGCCUGGUCUGCUCAACUUUGGAGAAUUUAAGUGUUCAGAUGGAGACAAAAACUGCCAUUUGUGGACUGCAGUAGACUUGGCCUUCUUUGUAUUGAUGGGAAUAGUGGGUGGCCUGCUGGGGGCGCUCUUCAACUGCAUGAACAAGAACCUCGCCAAGUAUCGCAUUCGACACAUCCACCCCAAGGCCAAAUUUAUAAGAGUUCUAGAGAGCCUCCUGGUUGCCAUGGUGACAACAAUGGUGGUUUUUGGAGCUUCCAUUUUGUUGGGUGAAUGCAGGGACUUGUACUCUCCAACAACCCAUAACACCACACUUUCUGUCAGUGAGGAUAUCAACUCAACCAUCCGUCAGUACUUCUGCUCCAACAAGACAUAUAAUGAUAUGGCCACCUUGUUCUUCAACCCGCAGGAGGCGGCUAUCCACCAAUUAUUCCACCAAGAUGGUACCUUCAGCCCUGUGACUCUAUCAGUGUUCUUCCUGCUUUACUUUCUCUUGGCCUGUUGGACCUAUGGUGUGUCAGUACCAAGCGGUCUCUUCGUCCCGUCACUACUCUGUGGGGCCGCGUUUGGACGUUUGGUUGCCAACAUUGUUAAAGUGAAACUCGGAAUGGAUAUCUAUGCUGGGACUUUUGCUCUCAUUGGAGCAGCUUCGUUCUUGGGAGGCGUCGUUAGAAUGACCAUCAGCCUUACAGUCAUCCUUAUUGAAUCCACUAAUGAAAUCACAUAUGGUCUUCCCAUUAUGAUCACACUAAUGGUUGCAAAGUGGACAGGGGAUUUGUUCAAUAAGGGUAUCUAUGACAUCCACAUCCAGUUGAGAGGAGUGCCGCUUCUGGAGUGGGAGACAGAGGUUGAGAUGGACAAGUUGAUUGCCAGUGACAUAAUGGAGCCCAACCUCACCUACGUGUACCCCCACACCCGGGUCCAAUCUCUAGUCAGCAUUCUGCGCACAACCAUUUACCACGCCUUCCCUGUGGUCACCGAAAAUCGAGCCUACGAGCAGGACUUCAUGAAGGGCAACAUCCUAGUCAGCAACAACAUCCACUUUAAGAAAUCCAGUGUUGUAUCGCGUGCAAGCGAGCAAAGACGGCGGUGCCAAUCCAUGAAGUCGUACCCGUCCAGCGAGUUGAGGAACGUUUGUGAUGAGCAACGGGCCAAUGUGGAGCCAGCGGAGGAGGGAGAGGACCUCCUGCAGCAGAUGUUAGAGCGGAGGCAUGUGCCCUACCCCAACCUGUGCCCAGAUCAGUCACCCAGUGAGGAGUGGACAAUGGAAGAGCGUUUUCGACCUCUUACUUUUCACGGCCUCAUUCUGCGCUCUCAAUUGGUCAAUCUACUCAUGAGAGGCGUUUGUUACGCUGAGAACCAGCCGAGUGCCACUCAACCCAGAUUAACCUAUGCCGAGAUGACUGAAGAUUACCCGCGCUUCCCCGAUAUCCACGACUUGGACCUAACCCAGCUAAGUCCACGCAUGAUUGUGGAUAUCACUCCUUACAUGAACCCUAGUCCAUAUACGGUGUCGCCAAACACCCGCAUUUCACAGGUAUUUAACCUGUUCAGAACAAUGGGUUUACGGCAUUUACCAGUGGUCAACGCUGUAGGAGAAAUUGUUGGCAUUAUCACAAGACAUAAUUUAACCCAUGAAUUCCUGGUGGCCAAACUGCGACAGCACUACAUCACUAUUUAA